UUUAAAAUAUUUUCUUUAUUGAUGUUUAACUACUGCCAUUGUGUAGGGCUUUCACUGAAGUCACAGGAAUUGACAGCUUUAUUUUUAGCUGUUAGACUCUACUGCAGUUUUGUAAUGGAGUACGAUAUACACACAUUAUUGGACUCUGCCACGUUAGUCACAACAUUGUGGGUUAUCUACAUGAUCCGUUUUAAGUUAAAAUCUAGUUACAUGGAGGAUAAGGACAACUUUGUCAUCUACUAUGUGGUGGUGCCUUGUCUGGUACUAGCCUUCGCAGUUCAUCCUACAACCUCACACAACAUUGUGAACAAAAUUUCCUGGGCAUUCUGUGUUUAUUUAGAAGCUACAUCAGUGUUGCCACAAUUACGUUUGAUGCAAAACACGAAGAUUGUUGAGCCCUUUACAGCACAUUAUGUAUUUGCAUUGGGAAUUGCGAGGUUCUUGAGCUGUGCCCAUUGGAUCCUUCAGGUUUGA